ACUGCUGUUAAAAAAAAAUAAACCAGGCUUUUUUUUUCUCUCUUUUUUUUUUUAUAUAUAUAUACUUUAUACAAUGGAGGGUUAUCAAGGAGCACCUAUUCGUCAACCUGUCGCUAUGACUUAUCUCUGUGCUGAUUGUGGUGCCGAGAAUCAACUUAAGCCUAGAGAACCCAUCCGUUGCCAAGAUUGUGGCCAUAGAAUCAUGUAUAAAAAGAGAACAAAGAGAAUGGUUCAAUUCGAAGCUCGUUAAGAAAAAGAGAGAGAAGGAUUAGAAUAUACAGCAUUGUUUUAUACAUUAUACAUCUAUACGCACACACACAUACAUACACACACACACACUGACAAAUAAACUGGAAUAACGUACAAUGACAUGUUAUGAUAAGAUGAGCU